GACAGCAGUGAAAAGAGUAACCUUCUUCGGAUUCGAGAGAAGGAGAGAGGCAACCAAGAAGCUCACCCGGAGAAAGAGGUGUUUGCUGAAAAGAUGCCACUGUUUGGAGAGCCCUACAAGACUAGAAAAAGGGAUGAGUUGUCGCGUCAGAUACAGAACGUACUAGGAGACUACGAAGUUAUGAAGGAGUUAUGGAGAUCUAUGUCUUGUACUCUGUGUCCAAAUGGUUCUGAAGACAGCCAGGGGAAGCCGAAAUAUCCUUUAUUUCAUGACAGGGAGAGCCUUGAAUCCAACCCUUGUUGCACGCACAUCUACCACAAGCUUUUCUGUACUUCUUCUGCCCCUGGAUCACCUUUUGUUGGUAACAUUAGCCACAGUUCAAAGAUGGCACCACCAAGGAUGGAGCCAGUGCCAAGUCCCCAUGCCAAAAACUAUGGUCCACCCGACAAACAGCAUCUGACUCGAGAUCUCCUCAGUCAGGAGGGGCACUCUUCAAACCACAAAAAGUGUGACCGCAGAGCUGAUGGUGACUCAGCUCCACAUAAAAAACUCUCACCCUUAAUCUCCCCUGUGUCCCAUUUGUCACCUGUACUUUCCAGACUGCAAAGAACCCGCAAGGUUUACAGCAGCAGUAGCACUAGCAAUAAAGGCUACUGUGCAGACACGUCUUCCAAGGACCUGAAAGUGAAGGCUCAAGAUAACGAGACUCCUCUUGACACUUCAGUGGUCAUUACCAGACUUGGGGUGGCCUCUUCUCAAACGUUUCCACCCCCUCCUCUCCCCUCAGAAAAUGCAAUGCAGCAGAAGCCCAUGGACGGUCAGAAUCAGGCUCCCAGUGAGUCCUUGGGCCUGAAGCUGCCACUGGAAGACAAUGGUCAGCAGAGCUUCGAAAAACUGGAUGUAAAAUUGCCAGCCAAAGCCAAACUCACCAGACUGAAGAUAUCUUCACAGUCGGAGUUGGUGGAGCAGUUGUUCUCCAAUGAAGUCCGCUGCAUUGAGGAGAUUCUGAAGGAAAUGACCCAUUCGUUCCCUCCUCUGACAGCCAAGCAUACACCCGGUAUGGCCAAUACUAAGCAUACACCCAGUACGGCCAAGUCAUCCAGAUCUCCUUUCCCUACAAAGGAGCCUCUGCCCAAUAGUUCUGCAACUCAAAUCCAAAAUCAAUAUGAUCCACCUUCCAAAAUUUAUCCCAAUUCCCAGCAAGGAACAUCCAUACUCUGGGAGGACCUGCAGCUCAGUGAUAGUGAAGAGAGCGACACAGAACAAACUACAGAGAAGCUUCCAUCCCUCUCUGCACCUCCAAGUGCUCUCCAGAUUCUCCCCAAGCCCGUGGUGUCAGCACAUUCCAGUAGUGCAAAGACGGAGAGCAGCAGCAGCAGGUUGGACUCAGAUUCAGAUUCAGACUCCGAGACAGACUCGGAGAGUGAGAGCAGCUCAUGCCAUAGCAAGGAGAGUGAGCCCCUAGAAAUCCCUGCUCCAGAGCCCAAGACUCCGACAACAAACUGGUUAACCAAAGUGAAGCAGCCACCAGUGCUCCUUGAGGCUCGGGGGAGCACUGAGUCUCCAAGUGGGUACCAGGAAAAUAAGGGUGAAAACCGCAACACUGACCAGCUACAUCCUGAGUCCAAAGGCUCUUCCCCCAAGAGUUCCAGCACUGUCCAAGAUCCCACUGAAGGGCCCCAACCUGAGGAGAGGAGCUGCCUGAAAUCCCCUGCCCAACAGGAGUCCCCACCUCAGCAAACUAUUGAAACCAAACAACCCAGAAAACCUGCCAAGGGCUCUGGCCAGGCAGAGCCCCAGGCCUGUUUGCAGGUGGAAAGUAAACCAGGACCCCUUCCUUCUGAAUCAAAAAAACAGACUUCCAAAGACAAACCCAAGAUGAAGGCAAAAGGCAGGGAGCCUAAGCCUGAAGCUGGCAUGCCCAACCAUCAGGCAUCCGAACCCGCCCCUAUGGAGAAAAGGAAGCACAAGGGUUCCCUGGCUCCCUCAAAGGUGCCCUCAGGCCCUCAGGCUCCAAAGGACAAAGCUCAAAACAGGAACUCUUUCACUCUGCCUCACAGUGGAGCUGAGAUAUUCCACACUGAUGAUGGCUAUGACUCCAUCAUGUAUACCAAAAUG